AUGUGGUCGCUGAAACUGCUGCAGUUGGCCACAGUCGCCGUAAUAUUUACAGUAUGUGAUGGCGCGCGUUUGUCAGCGCAGAUGCCUCCUACAACGACGACGGUGUCACUGACGCCAUCGAUGUCACCAGUGCCGCUCACCAUCCUGCAGGAACAGCCGACGCAACCGGUUCCUCCCGUCUGUGCGGACGCUAUUGAUGUCAACAAUCCGCUAGGAAGGCUACGUAGCGCUAUGAGAAACUCCGCUUAUACACAAAUGAACGCGUUCUUUGAUGCUUUUCUUAUAUUCUUUACUGAUGAGCAUUUGAGCGAGGAGCCUCACAAAUCGGAACGACGAUUAGAAUACGUCAGUGGGUGGGACGGGUCCGGAACCGGUGCCGUAUUGGCAGACGGCGGCGCUGCCAUAUGGGUGCCGUCCGGCGACGUACGGCGCGCGAGGGCUACGCUCACUUGCGCAUGGCUUGUCAUCGAUGGUGACGAUCCUAGUCAGCCAACUAUAGCCGAAUGGAUUUCUGAGCGGUUAUCUCGCAGUGGUCGUGUGGGGGGUGACGCUCGCCUGACGUCGAUGGGAGAGUGGCAAGUUUUGUCCACAGCCCUACAGCGUGAGGGGCUGCAACUAGUACAUAUUCCAACACUGGUUGACCAGCUUUGGAACGAAGAGCCUGACCCAGACCGCACUCGACCCGACUUCCCCAAAACUGUCGCCAAAAAUUAUGAAAUAGAGCAUGCUGGCGUCAGUUGGCGCGACAAAGUGGCCCAGGUUCGAAGUGAGCUGCACGCAGUCGGAGCCGAUGCGAUGAUCGUGACGGCUCUAGAUGAAGUAGCUUGGUUAUUAAACGUGCGAGGAAGGGACCUACCUUUUGCUAGAUUACUAAAAGCCUUCGUGUAUAUCACCCUGCGCGAAGUCAAGGUGUUCGUGCCACCAGGAAAGUUGUCCGUACAUGUACGGGACGCGCUCCUGUAUAACUGCUUUGCCAACAACUGCACCAAGGUAAAUGAGUAUACCAGCAUAUACUCAGAGCUGCGGCGGGUACCAGAUUCCAAGAUCCUGAUUCCUGCAGCGGGUACGUUCCAGCGCGGUGCGUCUGCUGCUAUAGCGCAGAGCGUUCCACCUGCCAAGCGAAUUUUCCUGCUCUCCCCUAUCAUAUACCUCAAGGCUCAGAAGAACGAGGCAGAAGUAAAGGGAAUGAAAAAAGCUCACUUGUGGGAUGCAGUUGCCAUGUGCACUUUGUUCAGCUAUCUUGAGAGUAAAUCAGCACUAAGUGAAAUAUCAGUGGAGCGCACGGUGGACAUAACCCGAGAUACGCAGGCUGGGUACAUUGGACCUGCUAUGAAAACACGCGUCGCUUUCGGUAUAAACGCCGCGGAUCCCGAUUACCGAGCGACGAACGCCUCCAACAAACUUAUCACCAAGAAUGCCACGCUGGUUAUACAGUCCGGAGGACAGUACGAUGAGGGGACAACAAUAGUGACUCGUACCGUGCACUAUGGGAUGCCAACACGCGAAGAAAGACGAGUAUAUACCACGGUGAUGCGAUCCUUGGCAGCGUUAGCAGGGUUACGCAUCCCAUCUACCUUGCCCGCGGCGCACGUCGACCCUGUAGCUCGGGCUCCACUUUGGGCUGCCAAACAGGACUAUCCUCAUCUUACUGGACACGGAGUAGGCGCUGCCCUGUGUCGCAAGGAAGAUCCAGUAGUUAUUGACUACAGACAAGACACAAAUCUGCAUACACUGAGGGAAGGGUACUUUAUUACAGCCGAACCAGGAUGGUAUGAAACUGGCAAAUAUGGAGUGCGUUUAGGAAAUGUUCUGGAGGUGGUGUUGAGGCCGAACGGCUACUUAGGAUUCCGCGAGGCCACUCUCUUACCGUACGAGCCAAAACUAAUAGACAGGAGUAUGCUUACUGAGUACGAGAUUUUAUGGUUGAAUGACUACAAUGAUAGGAUAAGAAGAGAAGUAGGACCGGAACUGAAGUCCCGGGGCCUCACCGAUGUCUUAUACUGGAUGAUGAACAAGACUGUCCCCAUCGAGCUGCCCUCUAAAGCCAAGAAACUAGUCAGUAGCUCUACUGAGAAUAGUGCAAAGUUCUCUGUACUCCUAUUAUCUUUCGUGUUACUAUAUUUUGUGUAA